AUGGGCGAAGAAGAACAAGAAUUUUCUCUUUCCGAAGAGCAAAUAUCUGAAAUUCGUGAUGCAUUUAAUAUGUAUGAUCGUGAGAAAAAAGGAGAAAUAUCAACAUCAAUAUUAGGAACAGUGAUGAAAAAUCUUGGUCAUAAUUUAAAACCCGAUCAAUUAGCUGAAUGUAUUGAAGCUGUCGAUGGAGAUGGAAGUGGAACAGUCGAUUUUGAUGAAUUUUUGGCAUUAAUGGCCAAAAAAACAAAAGAAGCAGAAGAUGAACGAGAAUUACGUGAAGUAUUUCGUGUUUUUGAUAAAAAUAGUCGUGGAGUCAUUGAUGUAGCCGAUCUGAAAUUAAUAUUCAAAGCACUUGAUCCAGAUAUGGCGGAAGAUGAAGUAGAUCAAAUCAUAUCGGAAGUCGAUGAAGAUGGUAGUGGAACAGUUGAUUUUGAAGGAAUUUCUUAUACAGAAAAAAUUGAUUGGUUGUUUAGAUUUGAUAUGUUAAAUAUUCACUGA